AACCAGCUCAUCCACAAAAGAAGAAGAAAGGGCUUUCCAUGUGAUUUUGAACUACACUAUUACCCCACAGAGUCUCUUCUCGGACGUUUUGUCGUAAAAGAGACACAGAGCGUGCUUUGAAAACAUAUAGUCAUUAACCAUAAAAGCUGUUUGGAGACAAGACCGAACAGGUUACUAGAGGGUGUUGAGACUCUACAAGAAGCCGUGACAGGACUCCGGCCAGAGAAAAAAGGCAUUUUGGCCCCACAUAAAGGACGAGGAGGAGGAGGCGCCUCUCGCCUUGAAGCUGAGACGUUUUUAGAUGGAUUCUUUAUGUCUGCUUCAGCACCGGAGCAGACGGUCUGCUCUGAACAUUUGCAAGCCGUGACAGCACGUUAUAAAACAUGACGCGUCGUGGCGUAUGGAUUGCCAAAAACAUGAGCUGCACCCAGCGCGGGAGAAGCGGCUUCCCUGUCCUCGCCAGUGCGCGCUUGGAGCAGAAUGCGCGCAGGACAGCUGGUGGGACCAGAUGGAGGGUUCGGAGGAAGGAGAGACAAGAGAUUACUUCUGCAAAGGGCAAGGUGCUGCUGUGGGUGCUCAUUGCUUUGCUGCCUCUAGUGGAAGGAGCUCAUAUAAAAGGUGGUGGUGCUGGUGUGGGAUCAGACUCAGGCCAUGCUGUGGGCCUGCUGGGAAGUGAGGAGGAGAGAGAGCUUCCUGUGACGCUGCCUGAAAUGGUGGAGGACAAGGAGCAGGAAGAAGACAGUGACCCUUACUCUACUUGGCACCCUCUUUAUGAUCCUUUUGUAAUGGAUGAGGUGGACGACCAUCCCAGCAGUCGCUGGGUGGGACGCUCACCACGCUCGUCUGACCCCACAGAACCUCAACCCAAGGGGUCAUCAAAGAAAAAGAAGAAGAAGAAAGAAAAGGAAGAAGAGACAGGGACAGGAAACAGAAAGGGUAAAGGGAAAAAUGGAAACCUGAAGCAGAGCAGCAGGCACUGCCGUGUGGAGAAGAAAGAAAUGAGGGUUCGGGACCUGGGACUGGGAUUUGAUUCGGAUGAAAUCGUCCUUUUUAAGUUCUGUGUAGGCUCCUGCCAGGCUGAAAGGACAAACUAUGACCUGGCACUGAAAGCACUGCUGGAGAAUGGCUCACUGCCUCGACGCACUGCCCGCAAGGUCAGCAGCCACCCCUGCUGCCGGCCCGAUCGCUACGAGCCGGUAUCGUUCAUGGAUGCCAAGACCACGUGGAGAACCAUCCAGUCACUCUCUGCAGCCAGCUGCAUGUGUAUAGGCUGAAUGAAGAGGAACAGAUAAGUGUCCUGAAUAGAUAAAUGUCAUGAGCCUCUGGCUAGAUGGUGUGUGCGGGAGGCCCCAUGUGUAGGAUAUGGCCAGAUGAGGGCACUGUCACACAUGCACACAAGCACACACACACACACACACACACACACACACACACACACACACACACACACACACUCCAGCAGAGGAAGAAAUAGAGGCCAUUUGUUCGCCUCCUGUGGUAAAUUUCGUGCUGAGGAGGAAGUGGGCUGGCCGCAGAUGGACAUUAAAGGCCAAGGUCAAAAUCAGAGACUGAGGAGGAGGUCAUUAGGGAAUCACGAUCUAGAUAGUGUUCCCUCAUCAAAGAGUGAAUUGUGUUUAACUGAAUAACUGGUAACUGAUGCAGGAUACUGAAGGCUGGUUAUCAUACAGAGACCCUCCUUGUGUGUUUGAUUUCAUACGGGCGAGACCUGAAGGCUGAAGCUCAAACGCUAUAAAGAAGAUUUACAGUUAAAGGACUAACGCUGUGUUUCUGCUCAGACUAUUCACACUCAGUGAGAACAGGUCUUUCCACAACAUCCAACACCCCCACCCCCACCCCAACUCACAGACAGGGACAUUACACUGUGUCUUUUCUAUGUUCAGGUGAACUCAGCCAAAUGGAUGCCAUGCAUCUUCAUGUAUUACUGUAUAAAAGUAAAGUAUAUUUAUUUCAGAUAAAUUAUUUAUUUAUUAUGGCUUCAUAUGAGAGCUGUUGUCAUGAGCUUUAUAUUG